UAUGGCCGCAAACUCAUGGUUCAAUUCAGAAUCUGUGUCACACAGCAGUCACGCUUGUGCGUCAAGCAAUGUGGGUCAAGCCGCUAAGCGAGUGUGUUUGUGUGUGUGUAGUGUUUUGUUCUGCAAAACGCGCCUUGUGUUCGUGUUACAUUUUAUUAUAGCCUAAUACAGCCACUGCAGUCUUGACUAGAGUUAUCGUGCGCGCCUAGUGGAUACAGCCACCAAGCUGUGAAAUAUUCGUGCUCAGUUAGGCUAAGACCUAAGGAGUUAAUACUUCAUUCGCUCGUUUUAAGAGCAGGCCUUCUGUUCAGAGCGAAAGUAGGUGUGCUGACGCAGCCGAAAGUAGCAAGUUCUCAUCUUUGCCGGUAAAACAGACUUGGACCGGGAACUUUUGAAUUCCCAAACUACUAGAUUCUAACUGCAUUUUCCCGGUAAAAAUCUAGCAGACGCUUAAGAUGUCGGCCAAGCUGUAUUACUUCUACCAUCGCGGCGCAGCAGAGUUAACUCGUUUGACGUGUGUAGCUGCUGGAAUAGAGUACACUGAAGUGAACCCGGAAACUAGGAGCGAUUUCCUGAAAUGGAUAGAAGAGGGCAAACUGCUGUUCAAGCAGAUCCCCAUGCUGGAGAUAGACGGACGUCAGAUCGUGCAGACUCGCGCCAUCAUCAGAUACGUGGCUAGGAAAGGCGCUCUGCUGGGGAAGAAUGCUGACGAGGAAACCAC